AUGAGCGAGCUGAAGGUUGAAUCCUGGAUGGGCCCUCAGGAGUCAAGUGUGGUGGCCACUGGUAGGAGGUGGAGGCGGCUGGGGGGGGGAAGGGGGUGGCUGCUUUCCGCGGGCGGCCCAGCAGCCCUUUGUCUGGUGCCCGGAGGAGCUCUCCAGCGCCAGCCAGCGCCCGUCUCAUCUUCUCUGUCCAGGCCAGCGUUUCUCCCAGACCCCAGCGAUGGCAGCUUGUAUGUGGUGGGGGGCAAGGACAAGGGGGGGCUGAUGAAGCUGCCUUUCACCAUUCCGGAGCUGGUGCAAUCUUCUCCUUGCCGAAGCUCUGAUGGCGUGAUCUACACAGGGAAAAAGGAAGACGCCUGGUUUCUUGUGGAUCCGGCAUCAGGGGAGAAGCAGAGCGUGCUGUCCGCAGAGGCCUGGGAUGGGCUGUGCCCCACAAGCCCCUUGCUGUUCAUCGGACGCAGCCAGUAUGUCAUCACCAUGUAUGACACCAAGUCCCGCGAGCUGCACUGGAACGCCACGUACUUGGAUUACUCCGCUCCCUUCCACGACCAGAACUAUGACUACAAAGUGGCCCAUUUUGCCUCGAGCGGAGAUGGCUGGCUGGUGACAGUGGGCAAGGAGAGCGGAGAGGUGCUCUGGAUGCAGGACUAUGGAUCGCCCGUGGUUGGUGUUUACACCUGGCACCAGGACAGUCUGCGCCGGGCACCCCACCUCAGUAUAGCCACGGAGAGCCUGCGCUACCUCAUCUUGCACUCUCAGGACAUCCACCUCAUCAACUGGAGUUUCCAGACUACCAAGGAGUUUGUCGCCAAGACCCACUUGCUGACAACCCUGUACGUGGGCAAAUAUGCUGGGGGUUUCUACGCUUUGACUUCCCUGGUGCAUGAAGGCAUGGCCCUUGUGCCUCAGGGAGUGGCUCUGGCCCAGAGCAGCGGCCCCAUCACGCGUGAGGUGACGCCCCAGAGGUCUGGCGAGUGCAAGGUCACACCCAGCACAGGCAUCCGGUACCCGCCGGGCAGCAUCCCCCUUCCCCACAGCCAGUGGCUGCUGAUAGGGCAUCACGAGCUGCCCCCGGUGGUCCACACCACCAUGCUGAGGGCCCUUCCCGAGAGCCUGCGGAGGAACCCGGAGGCUGCUGCGCCGCGCAGCUCCCCUGCCCAGACCCUCCUCGAAGAUUUCCUGGCCCCUCGCGGCCUGCAGGAGCAUCUGGGUGCUGGUCGGCCCUGGGCGGAUCCCCCCGGGAAGGAGGCUCUGAUAGAAAUGGAUCCCGAGUUUGGCGGCUGGGAGCUGGUUGUGGUUGGCGUGGCCUCUGUUUGUUGGGGCGGGGGGCUCCUCUGCCUUCUGCUCUGGAGGGAAAGGACCCCGCCUGGGCGCAGCUCUGGCCAGCGGCCUCCUGCGACCUUCAGCCAUUUUCCAAGACUGACUCCUGAAGGUUCCCUGGAGCAGGACCGGGGGGCAGGCCUCCCCCCCUCCUCAGCCUUGACGGAUGGAGUGUCCCUCCAAAGCCCCCAGAUGGGAAGCCCUGGGCAAGCAGGUGUUGCCCCAGAAAUUGUUGCUGUGGGGAAGCUCUCCUUCAGGCCCCAGGACGUGCUGGGCCGUGGGGCAGGGGGCACCUUUGUGUUCCGAGGCCACUUCGAUGGGCGCGACGUGGCGGUGAAACGCUUGCUGCCGGAAAGCGUCCGCUUGGUGGAUCGUGAGGUGCGGCUGCUGCGAGAGUCGGACGAGCACCCCAACGUGGUGCGCUACUUCUGCACCGAGGCAGACCGGCAGUUCCACUACAUCGCCCUCGAGCUGUGCUCGGCCACCCUGCAGGAGUACAUGGAGAGCUGUGCCUUCCCUGGCGAGGGGCCGGAUCCGCUCUCCCUGCUGUCCCAGACCAUGUCCGGAUUGGCGCAUCUGCACUCCCUCAGCAUAGCUCAUCGUGACCUGAAGCCCAGCAACAUCCUGAUCUCGCUCCCCGACGGGCAAGGGCGGCUCCGAGCUGUCAUCUCUGACUUCGGCCUGUGCAAGAAGCUCCAGGGAGGGCAUCAAAGCUUCAGUCUCAGCUCGGGCGUUCCCGGCACUGAGGGGUGGAUCGCACCCGAGAUGCUCAGGGAGGAUGCGAAGGAGAGCCCCACCUGUGGGGUGGACAUCUUCUCCGCUGGCUGCAUCUUCUACUACGUCCUGUCCCACGGGCAGCAUCCUUUUGGGCACGGCUUCCACCGCCAGGCCAAUAUUCUGGCAGGCACCUACCAGCUGUCGUGGUUCCAGCAGGAGACUCACAGCAACGUGGUUGGGCGGGACUUGAUAGAAGCCAUGAUCAGCAGUGACCCCCGCCUGCGCCCCUCGGCCGCACAGGUCCUCCAGCACCCCUUCUUCUGGAGCCCUGAGAGGCAGCUGCAGUUCUUCCAGGACGUCAGUGACCGCCUUGAAAGGGAGCCGGCGGACGGGCCCUUGGUCAGCACGCUAGAGGCCGGGAGCCUGGCCGUGGUGCGAGGGAACUGGCAGGGGCAUCUUUCUGCCCCAUUACAGACAGAUCUCAGGAAGUUCCGGAGAUAUCAUGGCAGCUCGGUGCGUGACCUGCUGCGAGCCCUGAGGAAUAAGAAGCAUCAUUACCAUGAACUGCCCGGCAGCGUCCGGGAGGCCCUUGGCACCCUCCCCCAUGGAUUUGUCCAGUACUUCGUGGACCGCUUUCCCCGCCUGCUGCUGCACACUCACCAGGCCAUGCGUUUAUGCGCUGGCGAGAGGCUCUUUCAGAGAUACUACUGCCAGGGGGAGUGAUGCGCCUUCCAGUGGGGACAGGGUGCUCGCCGGCCCCCUGCCUUCUUGCUCCUCAGUGUCUUUGGUACACGACAGCCUGUCCCUGCUCUGGAGGGACCGAAGUCAACAUGAGCACACCGGUGUUCCAGCCCCAGCUGCUUCCUGGGCAGGGGUGUUCGUGUGGGAGCCAGAAAAUAGUUCCUGGGGGCUUCCAGGAGGCCUCAGAGAAGGGGACCAGAGGAAGAGUGGGAGGGCCGCCCUUCCCAAGAAGACGCUGUUGCCUUCCCUUGAAUUCCCACCCGAAAAGAAUAACGAGCAUCAGACGUCACCGUGGGCUCAGUUGCUCUCACGCAGGCAGUUUGCAUUGUACAGCGAGUAACUUGCUGCAUUUUGGCGAGCAGGCCCUGGUCCUCCUGUGGACAUUUCAGAGCAUCGGAUUUCUAAAGGCAGCCAGAGGUGCUCAGGCUGCGCUCUGCCAUCACCUUCUCCCCCUUAGUUCUGCGCCACAACUGCCCCGCGGCACUUUAUUCUCGGCCAAAGACAAGACGUGUAAUGAAUAUGGAAGCAGGAGCAAAUCCCCCCGGCUCAUCAGCCUUCUGGAGUGGGGGGUUAGUGGCAGAAAGCUGUAAAUUGGUUAAAAAAACCCUUACACAUAAACGAGCAUAGAGAAAGGCCACAGAAAGGCAGUAGGCAGGGUGCUUGUGCUUUGCAUCUCCCCAACCAUCAGGAAGGACCAUUUUUCACAGCAUCUUCUUUCAGCCAGAAAGGGUCCUGGCUGCUCAGCAGCAGGAGGAAUGGCGGAGCAGGAGCGCCACCUGAACCAAGGUUGAGCUGAGAAGGCGGUUUGGGGAUCGGACUUGUGAGCGUGAAACAUCACGGCUGCCUUACAAUCAUUUGCACUUACGCAGAAGUCUAAAACAGGAUUUGGUUUAGCCAUAAUUUGAUGAAAUAGACAGAAUGAGAUCAAGUUUACAUAAGAAUAGUAUUGUCAGACUGUUAUUUUUUGAUCAGGUAAUUUUAAUGGAUUGUGGGAAUGCUGCAGUCAAACUAUAGCUUGAUUUCAGGAAAACAUUUGGCAAAAUUUCUCACAACAGUCAAAUAUUGGGUGGAUCCACAGCAGGCUUGAUGGUCUUAUUGGACGAGUACUCCUCAAGGAAGGUGCCACAGGGGCCACACAGAGCAAAAUCCUUGACUCUGUUCUGAUUAUUAAUGAGUUGGACGAGAUGAGCAGAUGACCGAACUCUGGCUUCCCGAAGAGAAGAAAGAUUCGCUCCCCUACGUGUGCUGCCUGCCACGCCUGCUGAAGGCCCAGUCCUAGAAAAUAUUCAAAACGGGUUCCCACAAGCUGGCUGAAGCAGCCGUGGAACACCCUGGCGGGCUCCGAGGGUGGAUGGAACCCGCGAUGCUCGUGCUCCUUGCUGGGGGGCCACCUGGGAGCAAAGGACCUUGCAGCCGGUGUGGCUCCUGACGGGGCUCCUCAUCUUGCUGGUGGCCCAAGGGGGAGCCUCUGCCUGUCGGGGCAUCAACAUAUGACUGACCUGUGCUUGUGUUCACACACGAGGCUGGACCCAAGACAACCAGCCCUUUAUUGUGUAAUCUGUUGUGUGAAGCCCAACAAGGCUAUUAGGCAAAUUACAUUUAGGCAUACAAUUAUAAAAAUCUCCCGUGGCAAACCACGGAAGCAACAGAAGCAUGCCUAAAUGCGUAGGCAGUCUGUUUCCACGUUUAAAAGUUAGCUAAAAAUCAUACAUUAUGCCAAUCUUUUGCUGAAAAUUGGUUGCUAGAAACUCCUCACUGUAGACUGCCGUGGCUGUAGGACAAACGAGAAAGAAGCGAGGUCUGUUCUGAGUUUCCACUGUUCCUUUUGACAGAACACAUUCAACAGGGAAUGUAAAAUCCUAGAGUGAGACAAAACUCCAGAAAACUGGGACUUUGAACAUUUUCUUAGAUUGACUCAGAAGUCAGGAUGUGGUGAAAUUCAGGCUGUGAUUGGGCUGAGGCUAGGAGAACAAGAGAACCCGCCUCUCCCUGGGAGCUUUGCAAGGGUGAUUUGGGGAGGUGCAAAAAAGACAUUAGGAAGAGUUUUUAUUUAGCAUUUUAGCCCAUGCAGAAAAUAAUAUAAACCAACAUUGGUCUAUAAUGUCUGACUCUGUAUCGUUGGUAAAUUCAGACUUGACAGCAGAAUAUAAUUCCUGUGGAUUUACAGAAU